CUCCUCGUUCCAGCCACUUUCCUCGCCUAACCAGCGACGCGCUUGCCACCUCGGCAAGCAGCCGCAGCGCAAGAACGAAUCGCGUUUCCACUUGACUCUCGUUCCUUCGACCACCUCGUCUCUAGUACCUACGCACGCAGCUGCCGGCGCGUCCCUCGAUUUUGUCACUGUCGCUUCGCCAGCCCUUGAGGCAAGGAGAGAUCAGUACGAGCCGAGUUACGGGUCGCGAAUAGCCAUUGUCCUUGCUUACGGAAGGGAACAGACGCAUCGCCUCCAGCCCAGCCCUUCCUGCUGGCCAGCUAGGCUAGCUUCGCGAGACGGCCUGGAUUCUCCCUCGUCCUCUUCUCCCUCUCAUUUAGGGUAAUACUAUUCAACGGGUGGUUCUUGUUUCUAGGGUAGACGAACCCGACGUAAGUAGGCUCCCGAGGGCCGGAGCCAUGGCGCGGGAAUCUCGGCGCAAUACGCGCUGGUUGCAACGCGGCUAACCGCAUCGUAUGCAGCGCAAAGCUAACUAGUACGCUGAUUGUGAGCUAGCACGUGGAGCUAACAGGUUCUAAGAACGCGAGGUUCUAAGAACGCUUGUAUGACAAGUAGGGUCGUGGGAGCUGCUCGUGCGUUGAUGAUCCGUGUCCGCCGCGUGUCAGGUCGUAGUGGAAGCGGCUCGGCCUCCGACUCCGAUCAGGCGAACAUUAACGAAUCGUCGCAGCCGUCGCACGGCGGCAUGCGAUCAGGCAGCGCUCUAAAACGAAGCCAAAUGGACGCGUACUCGCACCUCCAUAGUAUACAGCACUUAGGUCUUUUUAGGUGGCUCAUGCUGCAUCUAGCGUUCAUACUACCCGUGGCAGUUCAUUUCUUUGCAUGCUCAGCCGCCAUGUUCUUCGGCCUCCGUCUCGCGCGGGAGAUUCUCGUCCUCCAUCCCGGCUCCAGUAUAGGCUCGUUUCGCCCCGAUUUGGCCCGAUUCGAUAUUGUAGCAAGCGGCGAUCAACUCGCGUUUCCAGACCGGCUCUUGAUGGCUAAUCCGGAUCUUUCGCAGGCGAUUUCGCGUUACGAUGCGCCUAAGCCUGUGCGACACGAUUAUCACGAUCCCUUGGCUUGCGAGUGGGACCUGGCAUUACGCUGGAAUUUCACGUCUGACGGACCGUUAAAAGUGCCGGCGGGAGAUGACGGCGAGCACGACGAAGAUGCCGGCGUGAAAAUCGGCCGUCACGAGAUCCUCAUCCGGCCGAACGCUUAUCCAGAUCCACGUCAGCUGGUCGUCAGCCAAUCGCUGCUGAGACUGUUACAGGAGAACGAACGGCUGAGAUUGCUCGCUAAGGAGGACGGACGCCUCUCGUCGCUCCCGCCUCGCCGCGUUAUAGUCAUCACGCCGACCUACAAACGAACGUUCCAACAGCUGCACACGCUAGGGUUGAUCAACUCGCUGAAGCGAAUCCAGGCGCCGCUGCUGUGGGUGGUGGUUGAAGCGACGAAGACGGAGGAAACCGCACGCCUUAUUGGGAAGGCUUCUAUCGGGGACAGCGGGUCGGAGAAUCCCGAGGUGGAGAUCGCGCAUUUGGGUGUGGAGGAGGAAAUGCCCGAGGAUUGGGACGAGCGGGUUCUUCUGGAGCAACGGAUGCGAGUCGUCGGUCUAAGGUACGUUCGGGAGCGCCUGCUCGACGGCCUCGUGGUGUUCGCGGACGACGGCUCGGUGUUCUCCCCGAGCUUCUUCGCCGAGGCUCAGCGCGUGCGGUGGUUCGGCGCAGGCUCGGUGGGCGUGCUGCUGCCGGGUGGGUUCACCCAGCUUAUGGGCUCGGAAGGGCAGGCGGAGGAGCAAGGGGAGGGGGUUGGGAAGAGCAAGGGUCAGAGGGAGAAGCAGAGGCAGAGACAUAAGCACCGGCACGGGCAUGGCAAGAGUGUGAGUGAUGUGGAGGGAGGGUCCGGUGGUGGGGAGAGAGGAGGGGAGAGAGGAGCGGAUAUGGGCCAAUUGACCCUGCAAGGGCAACCAGGAGAGGGGGGGUUGGGGAAACGGGAGGAGCAACGGGAGCAGCUGCAACUGCUGCUGCAGCAGAAGCUGCUGCUGCAAAAACGGUUGCGACAGCAGCAGGAGCAGCAGGAGAAGCAGGGGAAGCAAGACGAGGGGGAGGAUGAGGAGGAAGAUGAGGAUGAGAGGAGACGACUGCGGUUACUCAGGCGCAGGCUGUUACAAACCAGCAGCCAAUCAGCACCGUCCAAAGUGUUGACAGUGGGCAAGCAGAUGCGCUACCAGAUGCCUGUACAGGGCCCUGUGUGUAAUAACGAGUCUGCUCUUAUCGGGUGGCAUGCGGUGGUACACCACCCGGAUCGCCUCCUUUCUGGGUUACCAAGUUACAACUCCCUAGGCUCGGGGGAGGAGCAACGGAGGGGCAUGUUAUGGCACGGGUAUGUCUUUAACUCGCGGAUAUUAUGGGCUAGGAAGGAGGAGCUUCCUGAUUGGCUGCGAGGCUGGGACGAAUGGGGCGCUGAGCUGGAAAGAGGCCUGGAAGGAGGCUUGGAUGGUGGCUCGGAAGGAGGCUUGAUAGGAGGUUCGGAAGAUGGUUCGGAAGGAGGUUCGGAGGCAGGCUUGGAAGGGCGGUUGUUUGACCUGCUGGGGGCGGUGGUGCAGGACGAGCGGCACGUGCAGCUGCUGGGGCAGUGCGGGCGGCACGUGCUCGUGUGGUGGUGGAGGGCUGAGGCGCGCCAGGACAGCAAGUUCCCUUCAGAGUGGGUCAUCUCACCUCAAUUGCCCAUCACAGUCCGAGCCAAGUCAACCCCCUGGCCGGACCCCAUGCCACCUCCCCCUCCUAGCCCACCCUCCCCCCCACCCCCACCGCCCCCUCGCAAAGGCAAGAAGGGCGGUGGAAAGAAAAAGGGAAGGAAGCACAAGAACAGUAAACCUUGAUACAGUGCACAUGUGGUAUACCUACCUUCAUUGUGUUUCUUUCUUUGUUUUCGUCUUUUAUUCUAGGCUUUCUUUUUAGGCUUCGAGAUGAGAUACAGUGCAGUGAGUCUGAUGUUAGAAUAGCAGAAUGACUAGAAAUGUGUGAGAACAAGGGAGAUAUAGGGUUGGAGUUGUACCUACUAAGAACACAAACAUAUCCAGCCUACAACUUCCAUAUACAAAUAU